AUGACGCUAUUUGGGCCUUUGUCUAAGUAUAAGAGACUCUUAAAUAGGGAAACCGCUAAGAUAAUGUGUUGUUAUACACAAAACUUCACAUAUGUUGAUAGUUUGAGUAAACAACACAAUGACUGCAAUGCCUUGCAAACUGUAUCUGAAGAUUUAUCUGGAAUAACGCCAUUUUUUCCAAAAACUUUCAAUUUAGCAGCUUAUGUAAAUAAUUCCGAAACUCUAAAAAAAUUGGUUAACCUCAAUGUUAACUUAAGUGAAAUUGAAAAGAAGCCUUACGUUGUGGAAAAGAUUUUAAAAUUGGAUUUCGAGAAAGAUAUGAAACAGCACAUUAUAUUUCUAAAUGAUUUUGUGGGAUUGGAGGAAAUGGGGAAUUUUCUAACCAAAAAUCCAUUGAUUUUGUGUGAACCAAUAAAUGAUCUUCAAGUAAGAGUUAAUUAUCUUGAGUCCAAGGGAUUUAAAUACGACCAAGUUAAGAAAGUUAUAAGUGCAAACCCAUUUUGGUUAAUGUUAAGUACAGUUAGAAUCGACAGAAGACUUGGAUACUAUCAAAAUUAUUUAAGCUUGUGUGGAAAGGAAGUAAGGUAUCUGGCCACCAAGCAGCCAAAAUUGAUAACAUAUAAUUUACAUCAUAUCAGAACUAACAUGUUUGUUAUAAAAGAAGAGAUGGGAUUUGAAGAUAGUGAACUUAAAAAUAUGGUAUUAAAUAAACCCAGACUUCUUAUGUUGAAUCAGAAGAGUUUAUUGCAAAGAUUUAAUUUUAUUCACCAAGUUAUGAAGAUACCACACAAAACUAUUUUGGAGCAGCCAGAAAUAUUACUUUGUAGAAAUUUUAAAGUGAAACAGCGCCACUUAUUUUUAAAUAAAUUAGGGCGCUCUCAAUAUGAUCCAAAAAAAGAAAAUUAUGUCCCAAUAAAAGCUCUGGUUGAAAAACCUGAUACAGAAUUUUGUAGGCAAUUUGCAAAGUGUAGUGUCAAUGAUUUCAACCUUUUUUUAAAAACUCUAUGA